AUGGCAGAGGAAACGUUCAAAGGCAUUGCGAGAAGGGGUGUAUCACAUCAAUAUUCACCCCGUCUAUUUGCAUUUGAGCACACUCCAACCACGCACGAACGGCGACCUGAGAAUCUCUUAAUCUUCGUUGGGGGCCUCUCCGAUGGUCUACAUACCGUCCCAUACACAUCCGACAUCGCCUCGAACCUUUCACCCUCAUGGACUAUCGCCCAAGUCAUCCUCUCCUCCUCCUACGACGGCUGGGGAACCUCCUCUUUGCAACAGGACGUAGAGGAACUCUCAAAAUGCGUUGCCUACUUCCGCACCAUCAAGGACGGCAAAAUAGUAUUGAUGGGCCACUCCACCGGAUGUCAAGACGCUAUGGAAUACUUAACCGGCCCCGGGCAUGAGACUCGUUCCCCUAUCGACGGAGCAAUUAUCCAAGCCCCCGCCAGUGACCGCGAAUCCUUGGUUGUAAUGGUGGGACCUGACGUUUAUAAGAAAGGCUGUGAAACCGCAACGGCAAUGAUAGAAUCCGGGAACGGGGAAGCCAUAUUACCAGCAUGUUUCAGUCCAUCACCAGCACCGGUGACGGCGAGAAGGUGGCUAUCCUUAGCAAGCCCUAACCACGACGGGGAUGAUGAUUAUUUCAGCUCGGACCUGACUGAUGAGCAACUCAUGAAAACGUUUGGGAGCUUGCCGAGGUCGAGUCCGCUGUGUAUCCUGUACUCGGGAAGCGAUGAGUAUGUAGCGGAGACAAUUGACAAGGAGGCUUUAGUUGAGAGGUGGAUUGAUAUUGUUAAUAGAGGCAACGGCAAGGUGGAUGAGCUUAAUUCAGCGGUCAUAAAGGGUGCUAACCAUAAUGUUUCUGGUAAUGCGGAGUCGUUGGAGGACUUGGUCGAGAGAGUUGUUGGGUUCUUGGGUGGAAUCGCGCGAUAA